CUUUGAUCUCCCACUCGAAAUAUAUUUGGCACCUCAAUAACCAUUCAGAAAAGCAUUGCGUCACAGCUUUAUCAAUUAAGAUUUUGUGUUGAAAGUACCAGCCGGAACUCCUCCUCCUUCCUAGCCGGGGCUGACUUGACUGCAAGCGAGCGCGCAGCUCUCCUACUUCACAGGCAGCCAGCGGAGGAGAGCCACCAGUCCGAGUUGGUUGAUCCGAGGACACGAAACACACCGACUGGCAUCCGCGCCGGAGAGGAGCGAGGAGCCGCGUUCACUGCGUCCCGUCGGCUUCCUCCACACACACCACACCACCCCUGCGCACGAGAGGAUGAAGGCAUUUGGGAGGUUUGGACACUUCGGACAGCAGCGCGCAGUGGAAAACGGGAUUUAGUGGAGAAGUUGGCGUUCGCAGCGGCGGUGCCCGAGCUGAGGACUCUCGCUGUCAAGUCGCGAAAGGGGAUUUCUGACUUUUUUUUUUUUUUUUUUAAUUUUUUUUUGUCCCACUGUCGCCAAACUGCUCCCCGAAACGCGAGGACUUAAGGAUUUUAAAGUAGUUUUGUGGGGUUUUAUGAAGUUUACUGGAGAAUAAAGCCUGUUUUUUUUUUCUUCUGAAUGCUUGGUGACAUUUGAAAAGCUGCGUUUUGCUGUCAAAAGAGGAUACUUGGGUCAGCGGAGGGGAGUUGUUGGAUAGUUUCUCGCAGCGUCGGAGGCCGCCGUUCUGCUGGACAGCAUGCAAACGGAGGAUGUUGUCUGAGUCGGAGUCGGGCCUCGCUGCUCUGCGUCUCGCCUCGUCGUCCAGAGGAAUGACGGCUCUGUGGUGCUCACUCUGCCUUUCCUUCCUCCUGCCUCUCUGCGUCACUCCGGCCAGGCUGCCCACCGCUCAGCCCACAGACUCUGUGUCCAGUGAGACAGCCUUCUUGGAGGACUAUGUUCUGGGCAUGGGGGACACCCUGGAAGUGCCAUGUGACCAAGAAGACCCCUCUCAGGCCGUCGUCUGGUUCAAAGAUGGCGCCGGGCUGGUGCCAAACAACCGGACGCGGCUGGGUCAGAGGAUGUUGCGCAUCAUCAACGUGUCGUAUGAGGACUCUGGCGUCUACUCUUGUCGGCACGCUCACAGCAACACGCUGCUCAGCAACUAUACCAUCAGGGUGACAGACUCUCUGUCGUCUGGUGAUGAUGAAGAUUAUGAUGAAGAUCCAGAAGAUGCAGGUAAUGGAAAUGUAGCUCCGUAUUGGACGAGGCCUGACCGGAUGGACAAGAAGCUUCUUGCCGUUCCGGCCGCCAACACCGUCAAGUUCCGCUGCGCUGCGGCCGGAAACCCGACGCCGAGCAUCCACUGGCUGAAGAACGGCAAGGAGUUCAAGGGAGAGCAGAGGAUGGGAGGCAUCAAGCUGAGACACCAGCAGUGGAGUCUGGUGAUGGAGAGCGCCGUGCCGUCAGACCGGGGAAACUACACCUGCGUGGUGCACAACAAAUACGGCACCAUCACCCACACCUACCAGCUGGAUGUGCUAGAGCGCUCCCCUCACAGGCCCAUCCUCCAGGCGGGUCUGCCCGCCAACGAGACGGUGGUGGUGGGCAGCGACGUGGAGUUCCACUGUAAGGUUUACAGCGACGCUCAGCCGCACAUCCAGUGGCUGAAACACAUCGAGGUCAACGGCAGCCGCUACGGCCCCGAUGGCGUUCCUUACGUUAACAUCCUGAAGACGGCUGGUAUUAACACUACAGAUAAGGAGCUAGAGGUUCUCCUUUUGACCAAUGUGUCUUUUGAGGAUGCGGGCGAGUACACUUGCCUGGCAGGGAACUCUAUCGGCUUUGCUUUCCACUCUGCUUGGCUGACGGUGCUUCCAGCAGUGAACCCAGAGAAGGAGGACUACUACGCCGACAUCCUCAUCUACGUGACGGGCUGCGUGCUCUUCAUACUCGCCGUGGUCAUCGUCGUCCUCUGCCGCAUGAGGAUGACCACGCAGAAGACGCUGCCCACGCCGCCUGUGCAAAAACUCUCAAAGUUCCCCCUCAAGAGACAGCAGGUGUCCUUGGAUUCCAACUCCUCCAUGAACUCCAACACACCGUUGGUCAGGAUCGCCCGCCUGUCAUCCAGCGACGGACCGAUGCUGGCCAAUGUCUCGGAGCUCGAACUGCCAUCAGACCCCAAAUGGGAGUUUCCUCGAACACGGCUGACUCUGGGUAAACCUCUGGGCGAGGGCUGCUUCGGGCAGGUGGUGAUGGCCGAGGCCAUCGGCAUCGACAAGGAGAAGCCCAACAAGCCACUCACUGUUGCUGUGAAAAUGCUGAAAGAUGACGCCACAGAUAAAGAUUUGUCCGACCUGGUGUCAGAGAUGGAGAUGAUGAAAAUGAUCGGAAAACACAAAAACAUUAUCAACCUGCUGGGAGCGUGCACGCAGGACGGUCCGCUAUACGUCCUGGUGGAAUACGCCUCCAAAGGCAACCUGAGGGAGUACCUGAGGGCGCGGCGGCCCCCGGGCAUGGACUACUCCUUUGACACCUGUAAAAUCCCAGAUGAGCAGCUCACCUUCAAAGACUUGGUGUCCUGCGCCUACCAGGUCGCCCGAGGCAUGGAGUACCUCGCCUCGCAGAAGUGUAUCCACAGAGACCUGGCAGCCAGAAACGUCCUCGUGACGGAGGACAACGUCAUGAAGAUCGCCGACUUCGGUCUCGCCAGAGAUGUGCACAAUAUAGACUACUACAAAAAGACCACAAACGGUCGGCUGCCCGUGAAAUGGAUGGCUCCGGAGGCUCUGUUCGACCGGGUCUACACGCACCAGAGCGAUGUGUGGUCUUAUGGUGUGUUGUUGUGGGAGAUCUUUACGCUGGGAGGCUCGCCGUACCCAGGAAUCCCAGUAGAGGAACUCUUUAAGCUGCUGAAGGAGGGACAUCGGAUGGAUAAACCAGCCAACUGCACCCAUGAACUGUACAUGAUCAUGAGGGAGUGUUGGCACGCGGUGCCGUCUCAGAGACCGACCUUCAGACAGCUGGUAGAAGAUCACGACCGGGUUUUAUCAAUGACCUCCACCGAUGAGUACCUGGACCUGUCGGUGCCCUUCGAGCAGUACUCGCCCACCUGUCAGGACUCCAACAGCACCUGCUCCUCAGGAGACGACUCGGUGUUCGCCCAUGACCCGCUGCCUGACGAGCCCUGUCUUCCCAAACAGCUUCCCAGUAACGGGGUGAUUAGGACAUAAAACCUGAGCUGGGGGGGGGGGAAGAAGGGAGGUUGGACAUUAACCCCUCAUCCCCCCCCUUGACUAAUAAUCACCUCUCAGUGACUCAAGCUCCUCAAGAUAUGGAAAUAAAAACUCAGCAUGCAAUACUUCCACAGCGCUUCAGCUCUUCGAUUCGUCUUAAAACCUUCGGUCGAAAAUCCUCUUUGACUGAGUUUUUCUUCCUCCUCCUCCUCCUCCUCCUCCCCAAGAGACUCUUGAAACAUUGAAGGAUUAUUUUUUUGCCAUUGAACCAUGUUUGUGUUCUUCUUUUCAGAAAUGAAAUUAUAUUUUUGUACUCGGGCCAGUCUUUUGUUACGGACAAUCUGCGGGGGGGAACCAUUCCGUGCCUACUGGGAUAAAACCUCCUGAGACUGACAGACAAAAAAAAAAAAAAAAAAAAGGAUACAAGAGGAGGAAAUGAAGGACAUUGGUCAGUGACGAUUCAGUUGGCGAGAAGCAGACAUCCGAUCUUAUCCUCGCUUCUCUACGGAGCCCUGCGAUAUAAAAAAAAAGUUUGAGAUCGGAAAGAAAAAUCGACAAGAAACCAGCAAAGCCAGAACCAACUCAACGAUGGGACUCGUUCUUCCGAAGACACUCAACAAUUUGUUCAACUGUCUGGAGCUCAAAACAAGAGAGGAUGUACAUGAGCAUAAUCGUGAAUUCGUACGCCAUCGUCAGUUUUUAGCAUCCCGAAAAAAGCAGUUUUGUGAUAAUCAUGGAACAAACUCCUCAUCGUUAUGUGAGGUGAAGUUUCAGCAUUUCAGGGCCAUUCAGUAAUAAGUACAGUAAGGUUCGGAGGUUGUUUUUUUUUUUUUUUUUAUGUAUCUAGAAAAUGAUUUAUUGUAAAUAUAUAAAUGCAAAUAUGUAUCAUAUUGCCAUGUACUUAAAAGACAAAAAAUUACAUUUUUAAAGUAUUGUUUUAGAAUUGAAGCAUUGCAAUCUAGAAGACACUGUCAUGAACGUGUAAAACAUUUAAUCAUUUAAAGUGAUACAGAAAAGGUUUAUUUGAAUAAUUAACGUGUAUAUUUGUAAAGAUAUUUAUAGACUUAACAUGUGGUUCUUAAGUUCGAAAGGUCUAGUUUAGGAUUUUAGUACUGUACGCAAAGAUUUUUAUUUCAAUUUUUGUAACUUAUUUUACAACAGAACUGCGACGUUAUUUUUCACAACUGGCAGACUUCUCUGGUUUUUUGAUCCAUCUUUUUUGUUUGUUUACAGUUUUAAAAUAAGAAUGUAUGACAGACGGGAAGAUGAAUUUUUUUUUUUCUUUUUAGAGCGAGUGUGAUUCGACCACCAGAGGGGGGACUCGCGAACCCAAAGGCUCCUGCCGAAAACUGUAAAAUCGAAGGAGUCGGAGGUUUCGGCUGAGUUCAUAUUCUGGUUUGAAAAGUUGACGUUUGCAAUAUCAAAGCAACGAUUAACUCUUGCUGGGCAAGAAAUAGCAGCGCUUUCAUGGUAUGUGCCAGAGAGGCCUUUUAGUGUGACUAAAGUACUUAAAGACAUAUUAAACAUCUACAAACUAUGAGCUGUGAAUCAUAAAUGAAGCCUUCAGAGAACCUCAUCAGCCUGUUUUAAGGAAAAUUUUCCCACUGAUACUGUUUCACUGUUCAGUCUGUAAUGGCCCUCGAAUUUAAUCCCACAAUGCUUUGCUCCUGAGAUGACACGUGUAAAUAACAGUUACUUAAAACAACACCUGUCAGCAGAAAUGUUCGAUGAUUAAUUAACUGAGAGAAAACCACUGAAUAUGUAGAAUAGUCAUUUCAUGAAUAAAGGAGCACUUUCAGACUCAACUUCAAUCAUGGACUACAUUUCCCAGAAUGCUUGUUAAGCUACCGGAGAACAUGCAUGAACUUGUGGCAUUCAGAAAAAUGUGAAAACAUGCAAAAGAAACAGUGAUAGCGAAAGAUUUUUUUAGAGUGAAAGAACAAAAAUAUACCUAAACUUAUUCUGUGUUUUAGCUGCAAUGCAUUCUGGGGUUUUGAGUCCAGUUAGGCUAGUUUAGUGAUUAACUACAUCUCCCAGAAUGCUUUUUAAGCCACCAGAGAAUGUGCUUGUACUUGUGGCGUUUAGAAAAAUGUGAAAACAUGCAAAAGAAACAGUGAUAGCAAUAGAUUUUUGAAGAGCUUUAGCUGCAAUGCAUUCUGGUACUUUGAGUCCAGUUAAGAGCAGAAAUUGCUCUUUGUUCCUCUUUAACAGUGAAUGUCUUCCUAGUAUAAAAUGAAACCUCUUUGAUUCUGAGCCAUAACACCAAAAUACAACAUUUACCACUUUAUCUACAAAAAAAGGAAAAACACUAAAUGACAAAAAGGACCUGAAAUUGAAAAUGACACACCUGUAACAGUGUUACAGCACCUAUAGGUGGAUUUUUCUUCUUUUGAAAGGUGCUUCUGAAGGCUUCAAACUCUUAUAUUGUACCAGAAAGGUCACAGGGUCGAUGCUAACAAGCUGCGUGCGGUGUCGACGUGCCCUUGAACAAGACACUCACAAAUAAAAAAAAUUUUUAAAAAAACGUCAGCUUGAAGGUAGAGAUGUAAAAGCUGUUAUGUCCUUUAGUGCUUGAGUGUUACUAAAACACCUGCCCAGACGCUUGAGAUUUUAUCGCUGCUCUUUAGUAUUAAUAAUGAAAUGAAGGCAUGCUCGUGCGACUUUACAGAUUGCACAGCAAAUAUAAAAUAUAUAGUAUAUAUAUAUCAGUUUGUUAGAGGAGACUCUGAAGUCUGUGGUGGAUCCUUCUUCAAGCUUCUUGAGAAAAAAGUGCCAAAUUAGUCUUAAAAGUCUAUUUCACCGAGUUCUCCAGAUCUCUGAACCAAAUACUGCACUGUCGAAUGUAGGCGGGUGGAGGUUACACGGUGCAGGGAAGGAUCAUGGGAUUGCCAAAAGGAUAUACCCCCCCUCCCACAACCCCCAACA